AUGGGUCAAGUCCAUCGCGGUAGGUACGGAACGAGGCGGUCCGUGGUAUUCUAAAAUAAAUGCACUUUCGAAGGAUGAAAAGCGUUCAAAACACAAAAUCAUUUUGGUUUAUCCCUCAAAAUCACAAUAGUUAGCCUACGUUGUCGUAGUUGAGUUGUGUGCUUAAUCUUAAACUGUCGAAUGCAACCUGCUUACAACUUGAGUUGUACUGUGUAAUACGGGACAGUACAACUCAAAGUUGUGAAGCAGGUUUCAUUCGAUAGUCUUAGGCAAACGUCGUGUGGUGUAAAUGAACCUUAAUGUAUAAUUUCAUCACUUGUAAACUGUUGUAUGAAUUGGCUUUAAGACAUCUCUCGUGCACUCUCAUCUUCCUCUUGGCUCUGGCUUUGAUCCGGACUUAAUCAGUUUUGGGCACGUAACAUGCAAAGAAUUUCAAAUUCAAAAAUGAUACGGACGCAGUUUCGGAAAUGUGGGAAGUUCAGAAGCCGCGGAAGCAUUGGCCAAAAGGGACACUUUUGUAUAUGACUAAAAUCAAACCGUUUUAUGUCGUUCAUGAGCCGAACGAAAAUUUUUGAAAAUAUUGAGUCUCCGUAUAUAUAUCGUCGGAAAUGGCCUUUACAGAGUCUCUACUGCUGCAAAAAGGGCACUUUCUUUCCAGCAAAAGUGGGCGAUCAUUUUCGUUCAGUAAAUGGGGCACUUCAAACCAGAAAAAGGGCACUUUUUUCACUUUUAAAAAAGUGGGGGAGAGGGGGGGGCACAUGCCCACAUUGCCCUCCCCUCCCCGAUUCGGCUGCCCCUGAUGAUGUUGCGUCGUUGCCCACUGGCCAAUGUAUGUGUGCACCUUUUGGUUUUUUCAUCUCUGUGACUAGGUUCGAUUUCUGCGAUAUGCAGCUUUCUGAUUAUAAUUUUUCCUCAGUUAUAUGUGGAAAAAGUAUAUCUACCAGCUUGUAUAAAUUGUGUUUUUCAAAUGCAUAGGUUUUAUCUAGUUGAUUAACCGAGGUGAUUAUUUUUAAUAAUCACCUUGAAUAUUAAUUAACUAAAAAUAUCGAUGAAGGUAAACUCAGAAAUUCGUCGUUCAAAUCAGACGAAAAGACUAAUGUCGUAGUCUACCAAAACUUUGUUGGAAAACGCCACCUCAAUCAAGAAUUAAAUAUGAUAAACACUUCGAAAGUCGGGAUUUAUGCCAGAUAAUGCCCUCGGACGCUGCGCGUCCUCGGGUCAUCAUCUGACAUAAAUCCUUCCUUCUCGGUGUUUAUCCUAUACUUACUCUUUCUAUGGUAACACUGCACUGAGAAAAUGUGGCUGUUACUGCAUCUCCAGAGCUAUACAAUGUAAAUAAAAUGUAGCUGGUUUAUGUUUCCUCCUGUAGAACGAUUGGUCCCAACUGACCUUCAGUGAGACAGUUUAGAACUGUUAGAGCUAUCCAGAAUAAAUAAAGUUAGUUUAGUUUAGGUUUCGUCCUGUAGUAACACUAGCUGUCACUGGGACAAUACGGGAUGACCCUCACUGUACCUCUAUAGUGAAGAUAGUUUAGAACUGAUAGUGCUACCCAGUAAAAAUGAAGUCAAUUUAUUAAUUUUAAUUCAAUUUGAACAAGUUCAAUAGUGUACAAAAGCCCCUUGACGCAAAAUUUUUUUCUGAAAGACAGUAUACGUAGAAAUCAGGAACCAGGAACUAUUGUAAGUUGGCGGAAUCUGAAUUGUACAAGAACAGCUUUUAGAAGUCCUUCCCACGCGUGCUCUAACGCAUGUGUAUGCAUAUCUUGGGGGAGAUGACACUUGUAUGAACUUGGCAUUUAGUGGGAGGUUGUACUUCACACGCCCGCGUAAUCAAGGACACGCGCUACUAUGAGUAAAUCUCGAACGAUUAUUAAAAGAAAAAUAAUGAGAUUAAUAUUAUUCAUAAUAUUAUUAAUAUUAUUAAUAAUAUUAUAGUUAAAAUUAAUGAUACAAAAUUGUUAUCAUUUUUUUCUUCUUCACAUCAUGCGGAAACAAUAAUCUCACGCCGAUCACGUGUCAUCAUGCACGCAUUGACGUACACCACGCGCUUUCAUAUAAAAAGAUAUGUUCAUUGCUUUAACUAGGAAUUUCACGUCAAUAUUAGGAGCUGUGCUACCUUCAAUGAUCCCAAGGACACAGGUCAAAUAUUUUAAAAGGAGAAAGUCCAAAUAUUAAAAAAUUCGUUAAACAUUGUAUUCGCUUAGUUAUUCAGCAAACAGGGACGUCGCUAUAGGGGGGUACGGGGGGUGUAACACACCCCAAUAAUUCAAACGUUGGUCAAAGUUGGUCAAAAUGGAACAGGUAUUUGCCCAAAGUUGGUCAAAAUGAACUGAUACUUGCUUAAAAUUGAAAGUAAAACUCGCCAAAAACUGGUCAAAGUUUGGAAUAAAAGAUGGUCGAAGUUGCUAAAACUUAUGAAAUGGUUGGCAAUUUUAACAAUUUUAAAGCUUUUGUUAUUUUUCCGUUAAAAAAUUGGAAGCCUUGCUUAUCUUGGUUGAAAAAUUUUGAAUAUGCUUAUGUUAGUCAGCCAGCCGUUCCCUCCGAGAGAGCCCUCAAGAAGGAACGGCUGGGACCGAGCCUAAGUUCCUUCGGUAUCAAUGUAAUCUAGUAAUCAUGAUUUUUUUCAGUACAUAACACCAAAAAAUCAUGAUUACUAGAUUGCAUUGAUACCGAAGGAACUGGACUCAGCUCCAAAAUAUCACAUACUCGAACCGACCUGACCGCGUAGCUCAGUUGGCAAAGCAUUGGGCUAGUAAUUCCAAAGGUCGUAGGAUCGAUCACAAACAACAAUAUAACUCAUUAUUUAUGUCAGUCAACGUUUAUUCAUCAAUCUGGUCCUUCACCGUCACGUGUGUAUUGAAUCUAAUGCAUGGUAAUGAGUUAUAAUGAUAGUGAGUUACAUUGUUAUUCUAAUGAGUUUCACAGUCAUCUUCCCUUCGAUAGGCUAGCUAUCUUCUGGCAGUGUGAGAAAGGAGAACCUUGGGCAGCUCAGGUAUGCCUAUCUAUUUUGUAUCAGUAUACUGUAAUACAUAUGAUAUUUGCUCAACUAUAGUAUAAGGCUUACAAAAUGCUUUUGGCUAAUACAGUUGUAGGACAGAUCUACAGUAUGCCUUAUACAUACGAUACCAGACUGGCUUGUCACACCAUCGAAUUUAACUGUUUCAGAAACACUUAACACAUGAGAUUGCGAUUAUAUGACAAAAUAAGGGAGGAGGGAGAAGACAUUAUUCCGGAGGGGCAUAUGUUUAUGUACUUCGUACCAAGUUAAUCCGGUAUAUAUCGUGUAACCAAGCAUUCCAAACGCACCAAAACUACCUUUAAUGAGAUAAAAAAAUUAAUCCAAGAUGGCGGUCAUCUCAUUACUUCAAGUGAAAAUACAGUAUUUCAAGAACUAAGCAAGAUAUAUGAAAAUCGGGUAAAGUUAAUAUACAGUAUAGUUCCAAAAGUUCUUUCAAAUGAGACAAUAAAAAUUUUUUACCGUAAAACUCGUUUGAUUGUGAAAUCAUUAGAAUAACAAUAUAACUCAUUAUCUAUGUUGGUCAACGUUUACUCAUAAAUCUGGUCCUUCACCGUCACGUGCGUAUUGUAUUUUUGCCCAACUAACCAAUAGCAAUGUUUUAGGAAAGUUACCUUAAGGGACUGCCCCACUUACUGUCCUAGAACAUUUGGAACACUGUUCUGAACGAUAUGAAAUUUAGUGCACAUGGGCAUGUUCUUGAACAGUGUUUAAUUUAUUAUUUUUGCUAUAUAUGCAUGCAACCAUGCAUUACCAAAUUGAUUAGUUAUUAGUUAUUCGCAUAAUAAAUCGUAUAUAGCUAAGAUUUAUUCCUACUUGAUAGUGAUUAUGAACUCUCUCCUCCGCAGAGGCAUUAUGAAUAUGUGCGUAGUAUAAUGAAUUUGGAACACUGUUCUGAACGAUAUGAAAUGGAGUGCACAUGGUGUUUUUGUACAGAAACUCGACGUUUCAAGAGAAGGCCUUUCGUCAAGAGUUAGUGGCUACUAACUCUUGACAGAGGGCCUUCGCUCGAAACGUCGAGUUUCUGGUUAUUUUUUAAGGUAGUAAUCAUAACCACCCAGCACAGCAUUUUCACAUUGGUACUACCAACACUGGUACAGACAGUUUUAGUACGGUUUUUGAACAGUGUUUAGUUUUAUUAUUAUGCUAUAUAUAUAUGCAUGCAACCAUGCAUUACCCAAUCUCGUACCCGGAGCAAUGCCUGUGCGCGGGCUAGGAAGGCAUUGGCUCUGGGGAAAUUGACAACUGGAACCCCUAAAUUUAGGGGUUCCGGUUCUUUGUCGGCAUGCACGAUUGACAAACGUUAAACCAAUCACAGCACAGGAAAAAUUCAAUUUCCCCAGAGCCAAUGCCAUCCUAGCCCGCGCACAGGCAUUGCUCUGGGUACGAGAUUGUGCAUUACCAAAUUGAUUAGUUAUUCGCAUAAUAAAUCGUAUAUAGCUAAGAUUUAUUCCUACUUGAUAGUGAUUAUGAACUCUCUCCUCCGCAGAGGCUUCUGUUUAUGAAUAUGUGCGUAGUUUAUUGUAGUUAAAUUCAUCAACGUAUGUCCCAAAUUAAGACCGAACUCUCAACGGUGAAAAUAUACGAUUCUGACUAAAUUUUUUUAUCAGAUUCGUAUUUUCAUCUAAUUUUGUAUCCGUUUGGCAUUAAGAAUAUAUCAUUCAACAGCUAAAAGCCUGAUCUUUCCGAAUAUGAAAAAUCUUGGUAAUAGACUGAGUAAUUCAGAUACAAUAACGCGCUGACGUUCGAUUACCUUUUUAUAUACACUGUACAGGGUUUCCCAAAAAAAGUGACACUAUAGAAAUUAUCCUAUAAUUUGAAUGCCCUAGCACUAAGUUGAUCCCACAGGUGCAUAAACUUCUGCUUCUGGAAUUUAAAAUAAAAAAGCAAACCGUUUAUUAGUGUAAUCGUUUUGCUUGACUCAGGCGUUAAAAUAUUUGGACAAAGCGAAAACGUUUUAAAAUGCUUAAAUGUAAAUACAAGUUCAUUAAAUUCCCAGGCGUGCAAUUACACGCGUUUAAGAGCUGCUUAAGAACAAUGAGAUAAUUUAUAUAGUGUCACUUUUUUGGGGGACACCCUGUACAGGGUGUCUCAAAAAAACCCAAAAUCAUUGAAAUAACGUAUUGUUCGAAUUUCAAUGCCGUAACACAAAGGAUUUUGACAGGGUGAUUAAUUUGUUUUAAAAAAUUAAAAUAUCUUUGUAAAGUGAACGUUUGUUUGCUCAUGGGAAUUUAAAAAUGCUUCGUAAAUUCGUGGGUUUCGUACUUUAUGCCUGACAUAACAAGUUUACGCUGAGUAUUACCAUUCAUUAUAGCAGUUAUGUCAAUCUUUUAUGCACUCGUGGGAUUAACGUAGUGCUAGGGCAUUGAAUAUCGAACAAUACGUCAAUUUCAAUGAUUUUGGGUUUUUUUGAGGCACCCUGUAUAUCUAAGUAUGCAGCACAACCUUGGCGUUCAAAUAGCACAAAAUAAGUAUAUAUCGAUAUACUGCAUAGCGGUUAACCCUUCAAAAUAACACUCUUUGCAGUGUGCAUUGGAUAUACAAAAUCUAUCGCCUCCAUUUCCAAUCACGUGAAAAUGGGCAGUGUUAUGUGCUCUGUCCUACACACGCAAAAAUCUCGCAUCUUGUAACAAGCCGUCAACAAGUUGUCUUCGCACUGCUUGUCACAAGUGGUCAACAAGUUUGGAACAAGCUGUUAACAAUUUGUAACAACCUUGUUGAUAUUAUCAGGCUUGUUACAAGGUUGUUCCAACAAGUCCGAUACAGUCAUGAUACAGCAAUAUUGUCACACAACCUUGUGUCUGUAGUAUUUUAACCUUAAAACCCAACUAUGCUAAGUAAAACUCCCUUGUUAAUACAGCUGUCUAGUUCUCCUCGAGGUGCCUGUUUCUUCCCCGCCGGAAGUGCUAACUCCCGGAUGUUACACUCCUUUUUUCCUGGAUUAAAACCAAAGUCCCUGCAACAUAACAUCUAAACUAAUAAUGUCAACACUAUAACCUAACAGUUUGUAAUCCCUUAGUGUUUUAUACUCUAAUAUUAAUGUAAUUACUCACGACCAAUAGUCCGGUGUCUGUCUAUCUCUUUGCGGAUAUCGGGCUGCUGGAACUGCAUUUUCUUCGCUAACCACUUGUUGGUCUGGGACGGGUUGCUGGUUGAUAUCUGGAUUCAUGACAUCAUUUUCGUUUUCUUCUGGUGUUUCUCUAUUCUGUAAGUUGAAGCCCUGUAGCCAAUGCACGAAUCAUUUGCAACUUUCGUCGUUUUCACUUUGCCUACAGCAGCGGUGAUCUACGGCUAAUGCAACACGUGAACUCACUGAUUACGUAUCAUAUUGUAUCAAUGAUCAGAGCUUUGUACAUGGAAAACAGGAAAAACCACUUGCGUUUUGGAUAAUUGUUGCGUAGUAACUUUCUAAACUAUUAAACCAAACACUCUCUUAGAUGAAAAAUGUGAGCUGGUCAUGUCAGCAUCUCCCUAAUUCUUGUCGGCUUUUCACUUGGGCCGCUGUGUCUUGAGAAGUUGAGAAGUUUGAGAAGUGUACUCUGAAUGCAGGAAAUGCUAUUUCAGAGACCUAAAUUUAAAAAAUUUCCCGGGGGGGGCAUGCACCCAGAUCCCCCUAGCUAACUCGUGCUUGCGGUACUCGGCUCACACCUUCGGCGAUCACAUACUAUCCUCGGGGGAGGGCAAGGAAAAUGGGCCUUUUGGCAGUUUUUCCCCACCACUGAAAAAUCCUUAAAAAUGCACUGGUGGAGAGCUUAGCUUGCUUAAUGUAUCUCAACGAGAGAAGCCUCAGAAAAAUACAGUAUACCGAAAGUUAGAGAACCCACUAAGUCGAGAAUAUAUUUGCUGAAUAACUAAGCGAAUACAAUGUUUAACAUUUUAUUUGGACUUUUUCCUUUUAAACGGCUAAAAUUUGAGCCUAUAUCCUUGGGAUCAUUGAAGGUAGCAUAGCCCCUAAUAUUGACGCAAGAUUCCUAGUUAAAAAAACAAUGAAUCUUAUUAUAUGAAAGCGCGUGGUGUCAACGCGUGACACGUGCCAUCGUGACAUAUUUAACAAUUAUUGAAUUCGGUUUUCGCAUAAUUUGAAAAAGAAAAAAUGAUAAUAAUUUAAUAUUAUUAAUAUUAACUAUAAUAUUAUUAGUAUUAAUAUUAUUAUAUUCAUUUAGUUUUGAAACUAUUUUCAAUAAUUUUAAAAUAUUUUUCCGCCAGUCCUCGUCUACCUGUCCGCAUCCGACAGUCUGCAUACGCCAGUCCGCGUUCGCGAGUCCGCGCCCGCCUUUUAUCUAUACCCGCAGCUAAAGGAUAUUCAGUCUUGCUCUGACCAUAUUCUAUCGGAAGGGAAGAUGGCUGUGACACUCAUUUCUCAUUAGAAUAACAAUAUAACUCAUUAUCUAUGUCAGUCAACGUUUAGUCAUAAAUCUGGCCCUUCCCCGUCACGUGUAUAUUGUAUUUAAUCGUAAUGAGGAGCCGGUUACAGACGAACAAGUUUUCUAUGACAAGUUUUUAUGUGACAAGUUUUAUUUGCCAAGGGCACGUGUGUAUAUGCAACACAUUUUAUAUGACAAGUUUUCAUAUGACAAGUUUCAUUUACUGGUGUGAACGUGUCAACAAGUUUACUUUGACAAUUUAUUAGUGGCCAGCAAUGUAAUAGUACAGCGGACAACGCGAGCGCUGGCCAAUCACAUCAAAUGCUCAAUCUCGUACCCAGAGCAAUGCCUGUGCGCGGGCUAGGAUGGCAUUGGCUCUGGGGAAAUUGAAUUUUUCCUGUGCUGUGAUUGGUUUAACGUUUAUCGAUCGUGCAUGCCGACAAAGAACCGGAACCCCUAAAUUUAGGGGUUCCGGUUGUCAAGUUCCCCAGAGCCAAUGCCAUCCUAGCCCGCGCACAGGCAUUGCUCUGGGUACGAGAUUGAUCAAAUGCUCAGAUUACUUUGACAAGUCUUCUUUGUUGACCCAUACAGACGAACAAAAUUCAGUGUACUUUGACAAUUUUUUUCUAUGACAAGUGCAUUUGUUCAAAAGCUAGCAUGCUAGCUUUUCAUAUAGAAAAAAUUGUCAAAGUUGCGCGUACAUGCAGACGAGCAAAUAAAACUUGUCACAUAAAAACUUGUCAUGGAAAACUUGCUCGUCUUUAACCGGCUUUAUAUUGAUCACUAUCAAUUGUUAUUCUAAUGAGUUUAACAAUUUCACAGCCAUCUUCCCUUAGGUUAUAGGCUAUGUUCUGGCAGUGUGAGAAAGGAGAACUGAACUCGGGCAGCUUAUAGGUAUGCUUAUCCAUUUUGUAUCAGUAUACUGUUAUACAUAUGAUAUUUGCUCAACUGUAGUAUAAGGCUUACAAAAUGUUUUUGGCUAGUACAGUAGUAGGACAGAAUUAUGAAUAUGAUUUAUGAAUGAAUAGCAGAUCUACCGCCUGCAUAUGCCUUAUACGAUACCAGAUUGGCUUGUCACGCCAUCGAAUUUAACAGUUUCAGAAACCACGUAACACUUGAGAUUGCGAUUAUAUGACAAAAUAAGACGAAAAGGAGGAAGAGGACAUUAUUCCUGAGGGGCAUAUGUGUAUGUACUUCAUACCAAGUUAGUCCGGUAUACAUCGUGUAACCAAGCCAUAGUCGUAUUCCAAACGGCAGGAUUUUGACAGCUAAAGCGAAAUAGCAAGAUGUUUUUUAUUUUCUCAUUUGACAGAACUUUUAAGACUAUAUAAAUAUAGAUGGAAUUGUAGAUAUGCAUAUGCCACGUCACUACAGGGGUCACGCAAUAUUUUUAUGUGGACAACCACCAAUCAUUUUGCACUCAAAACUAUACUCUGUCUGCCAUUCGAAAUAUCAAUAUCACUGAAAACCUUUAAAACGUCUACCAAUCAAUAUUUGGUCAGCUACGAAUACUUUUAUAUGGUUAAUCCCUGUUGUGAAAAAUUUAUCCAAAAUGGCGGACAUCUCAUUACUUCCGAAGUGAAAAUAUUUCAAGAACUAAGCAAGAUAUGAAAAUCGGCAAAAGAAGUUAAUAUAUAGUUCCAAAAGUUCUUUCAAAUGAGAAAAUAAACGUUUUUACUGUGAAAUUCUUUUGACUGUGAAACUCAUUAGAAUGACAAUAUAACUCAUUAUCUAUAUUAGCUAGUCAACGUUAAUUCAUAAAUCUGGUCCUUCACCGUCACGUGCGUAUUGUAUUUUUGCCCAACCAACUAACCAAUAGCAAAGUUUUAGGAAAGUUACCUUAAGAGGCUGCCCCAUUUACUGUUUUAGGACAUUUGGAAUACUGUUCUGAACGAUAUGAAACACUCCGUUUCAUAUCGUUCAUAUCGCACAUGGUGUACUGGAACAGUGUUUAGUUUAUUAUAUAUGGGUGCAACCAUGCAUUACUAUAUUCAUUAGUUAUUAGCAUAAUAAAUCGUAUAUAGCUAAGAUUUAUUCAUACUUAAAAACUCAUUAAUAAUUCAGGAGGAAAACACAAGAAAAAUCAUAAGCGUGUCGUAUCUUUAUAUGUGAUAAAAAAUCAUGUUAAUUUAAAUAAACUUUAGCUUUGAUUUUCUUAAAAAUUACUUCGCCAAUGAACUCAUUUAAGAUGAGUAGUUUUUUAAGCCAUUUAAAGCACUUGUAGUCGUGUUUUAUCAGAUAUAAAACGCUCGGCUGCGCCUCGCGUUUUAUAUCUGAUAAAACACUCCUACGCAUGCUUUAAAUAGUACUUGAUAGUGAUUAUGAACUCUCUCCUCCGCAGAGGCUUGUAAUUAUGAAUAUGUGCGUACUUUAUUGAAGUGAAAUUCAUCAACUUAAGUCCCAAAUUAAGACCCAACCCUCAACGGUGAAAAUAUGCGAUUCUGGCUAACAUUUUUUAUCAGAUUCGUAUUUGCUCAUUUUGUAUCCGUUUGACAUGAAGAAUAUUAUCAUUCAACAGCUAAAAGCCUGAUCUUUCCAGUCUUUCCAAAUAUGAAAAAAUCUCGGUAAUAGACAGAGUAAUUCAGAUACAAUAGCGCGCUGACGUUCGAUUACCUUUUUUUUAUAUACAGCAGGGCCGUAGGAAGCUCUUUUCGAUUGGGGGGGCUGAAAGCGAGGGCCGAAGGGCCGAGGAAAUUUUUAAAUUUAGAGUCUCUAAAAUGCCAUUUCCUGGACUUUGGGGGAAGAUUUAACAGUCAGAAUUCUGAUAGUCAGAAAACAGCGUUUUAGUAUGUCGAAAUUUACAGGAAAGUAUGGGCCAGACUGUAGUAUUAUAAAUGCGCGGCGGGAAUUUUCGUCGUAAAUGGCAGUUGCGCGGAAAUGAAGGCAGAACAUUUGAGAAAAUUUCGAAAAUCUGGAGUCUCUAGAUGGUCUGAAAUGGCAUUUUCAGAGUUUUCUUUCGCAAGACCCAACACGCAAAAGACAAAAUAAAUCAUUAGUUCAUCAAAAAUGUGCAGAUUUUGUGGGAUUUUCUUGAAAAUGCGUGACAGAAAUUCAGCUAAAAUUUCUACGCGAGGAACGAUCUGGAGUAUGAGUAAUAUCUUCAUUCUUUGCAGUUUGUCACAGAUUAAAUGAUAAAGUUUGCAUGAUUUUGAAAAAAGAAUGAUUAUUAGCAAAUUAUUGGGGGGCUGCAGCCCCCCCAGCCCCCCCCGGUUGCUACGGCCCUGAUUAUACACUGUAUAUCUAACGGUAUGCAGCCCAACCCUGGCGUCCAAAUAGCACAAAGAAGUAUAUGUCGAUAUAUAGCAGUUAACCCUUCAAAAUAACACUCUUUGCAGUGUGCAUUGGAUACACAAUUAAAAUCUGUCGCCUCCAUUUCCAAUCACGUGAAAAUGGGUAGUGUUAUGUGCUCUGUUCUACACACGCAAAAACCUCACAUCUUGUAACAAGUUUGUCAACAAGCCGAACAAGUUGUCUUGAAGUUCGCACUUCUUGUCACAAGUUGUCAACAAGUUUGGAGCAAGCCGCUGUUAACAAUUUGUAACAACCUUGUCAGUGACAUUGUCAGGCUUGUUACAAGGUUGUUCGAACAAGUCCGAUUCAGUCAUGAUAUAACAAUAUUGUCACAACCUUGUGUCAUCAACCUUGUAACAUUCUUGUUAUAUAUCAUGACUGUAUCGCACUUGUUAGAACAACCUUGUAACAAGUCUGAUAAUGCCAUCAAGCUUGUUACAAGUUGUUAACAGCUUGUUCCAAACUUGUUACAACAACUGGGAACAAGCAGUGCGAAGACAACUUGUUGACAGAUUGUGAACAGAUUUGUAACAACUUGUUUGCAGACUUGUAACAACUUGUGCGUUUUUUCGUGUGUAGCUGCCCCACACCGUCCAUAGGGAUCGAGAUCUGUCCAGAUAUAUUUGCUACAUGUAUCCACAACCAUUAACCAGACAACAACAGGCUUUUUUAUAUGAGCCAUAUUGUAACGUCACCACUAAUAUUGCCGCAGCACUGACAUAAUCAUAUGGGGUCUAGGUUCUUUUAACACCUCCCAUAUUCUUGCAAAUUAGGGAGCGGUCAUUCAGUAUGUGUAAUGAGGCGUUGGAGGCUAUUUUAUCAAAUUUGGAAAAUGGUUCAUGCCCCACCCAUUCAUUCAAGAAAUUACUUGGCAUCCCCUCAAAAAGUCGGAUUCAUACUCCUCCUUGAAUUUUUAAUAUCAAGAGGGGUAUGAAGUAAAAGAUACGUAAGUCAUCAUGUUACUGGCGUCAUCCAUUCAAAUAAUUUAUUUUUUGAUACUGUUCCGUGUUGUCCAAUUAAAUUCUGAUGCUGCGAACUUGAAACUAGUGAUGAAAACGGCUGAAUAUAGAAGCAGCUUUGUGCUAGACAUAUUUACUUCUGUAUUGGGAAUCGAAGUUUUAUAACUUUUUAUUCUGGCCAAUGCCAGAUAUUCUAUUUUGGAGAAUGGAUUACGGUAGUAAUACCCCCAUCUGGAGUUCAAAGGGAUGCCGCCAAUGACGUCACUUUGUCCAGCUAGCACUUUGUUGUCGGAAGUAAUUAGUAUGCAAGUUUAAUUUGGCGGAAUAUAUAAUGAGCUUGAAAAAUCUAUGACAUCACUUUGCUGGGCAAGCCUGGGCCAAAUGUAACAGGUAACGCGACCAAUUAACGCGGGCAAGCCUGGGCCAAAUAUCACUUUGCUGGACUAGCCUGGGCCAAAUGUGACAGGUAACGUGACCGAACACAAUAAGGUAACGCGACCAAUUUGCAUCACAAUAGACUAACGUCACUAUAAAUACUGCUAUAGCGUUCUUUCACCUGCAUAGUCUGCGUUCAACAUUCACGAUGGAAUGUUUUCACGGUAAACCAGAAGCAAGUUCAACAACUGUUCGUGGUACGUUUUGGUUUUGUGGCGAAACACCAAGCUGCGAGUUCUUUUGCCAUGACGAAGACGAUGCGAGAGCGAUGGAAGUCUGUCGAAAUAGUGGUUCCAAUCAUCUCAUUUACCCAACACAUCAGAGAUUGGCCAAAUUACGCGUGGUAAAAGAUAAAAUGAAAGAUAAUUAUGGAAGACCCUUCUUUGUGUGUGCAGAUCGACAUGAUCCAUGCAACUUUUGGCAAUGGGGAGACAUUUACGAAAACUCUCGACCACGCUGCAAGCACGGAAUGGUAUGCACCCUACGUAAAGUGAAGAAAGACGGACCCACCCAGAACCGAUUGUUUUACUGUUGCUCUCAGAUAGACAGCUGUGGAUUUUUCGAAUGGAAAGAGAUCGAGUCUCGUGUAACCAAGACUGGCUUCGUCCUAUUCAGUGAUCCGCUACAAUAUCGAUACAACAAAUUUCGGUGAUGACUUCCUUUCGGAAAAAAGAUCAGCUAUACGUUUGUCUUUACUAGAUUGUGCCAUAAGAUCGUCUAAUAUGAUCAAAUUCCGUUGCGAUAAGUCCAAGUAAUCUCCGUUGUCGAUAUCGUCGGGAAUGCCUUUAUUGAACUCGAUUCCAAGCAUCGUCCUCAACAUAUCAAAAUACGAUGGUUGCCAUUGACCAUAACACCAGAUGAUACGUUGAGGAAGUGGAUUUAUAGUUUUCUGUGCAUUCUCCAAGAGAGUUUUCACCCAUACAGUCUUUCCGCCUUGGGUACAUCCAUUAGUCGCCAUGCGAAUGUUGUCGGUUGGUUUUUGCUCAUGCACUUCUCAUUUGUAUCGAUGCAAAUUGAACGGUUUAGAGAAAUAUUUUCCACAGGUAUGGCAUGAAUGAGACAUGUUUACUCUAUGACGAAUUGUUAGAUAAUAAAUCUUUCAAAUAAAAACCGAGUUUAUAUUACACAGAGCCCAGCUAAUACCUCGGAACCUUGCUCCUAAUAACGAGCCAAGGCUCGGGGGCCUAGCUCUAAGUAUCGAGCCUACCUCGGAGCUGAGCUCGACAGGCUCGGAGUCAGCUCCAUAGACUUCAAUCCGAGCUCCAUAAAUUCGUAGCAAGCUCUAUCGGCUCCGAGUCGAGCUCCAUAGGCUCGGAGCAAGCUCUAUCGGCUCCGAGUCGAGCUCCAUAGGCUCGGAGCCGAGCUCGAUAGGCUCGAAGCCGAGCUCCAUAGGUUCGGAGCCAGCUCCAUCGGCUCCGAGCCGAACUCCAUACUACCAUAGGCUCGGAGCCAGCUCCAUAAGCUUGGAGCAAGCUCCAUAAGCUUGGAGCAAGCUCCAUAGGUUCGGAGCCAGCUCCAUCGGCUCGGAGCCGAGCUUGAUAGGCUUGGAGCCGAGCUCGAUAGGCUCAGAACCGGGCUCGAUAGGCUCAGAACCUAUGGAGCUCGGCUUCGAGCCUAUCGAGCUCGGCUCCGAGCCUAUCGAGCUCGGCUCCGAGCCUAUGGAGCUGGUUCCGUGCCUAUGGAGCUCGGCUUGGAGUCUAUGGAGCUGACUCCGGGCCUGUCGAGCUCAGCUCCGAGCUAUUUAGAAAAACUCCGAGCCUGUCGAGCUCGGCUCCGAGGUAGGCUCGAUACUUAGAGCUAGGCCCCCGAGCCUUGGCUCGUUAUUAGGAGCAAGGUUCCGAGGUACUAGCUGGGCUCUGUGUAAUAUAAACUCGGUUUUUAUUUGAAAGAUUUAUUAUCUAACAGUUCAUCAUAGAGUGAACAUGUCUCAUGCAUGCCAUAUCUGCAGAAAAUAUUUCUUUAAACCGUUCAAUUUACAUCGACACAAACGAAAGGGCAUGAUCAAAAACCAACCGACAACAUUCGCAUGGCGACUAAUGGAUAUGCAAUUUUGCAAUACCCAUUUACAUACAUCGUUGCAGGAUGUACCCAAAGCGGCAAGACUGUAUGGGUGAAAACUCUCUUGGAGAAUGCAACAGAAAACUCAACACUUCCUUAACGUAUCAUCUGGUGUUGUGGUCAAUGGCAACCAUCUUAUUUUGACAUAUUGAGGACGAUGCCUGGAAUCGUGUUCAAUAAAGGCAUGCCCGACGAUAUCGAUAACGGAGAUUACUUGGACGUAUCGCAACGGAAUUUGAUCAUAUUGGACGAUCUCAUGGAACAAUCUAGUGAAGACAAACGUCUAGCUGAUCUUUUUACGAAAGGAGGUCAUCACCGAAAUUUGUUGUAUCGAUAAUGUAGCGGAUCACUAAAUAGGACGAAGCCAAUCUUGGUUACACGAGACUCGAUCUCUUUCCAUUCGAAAAAUCCACAGCUGUCUAUCUGAGAGCAACAGUAAAACAAUCGGUUCUGGGUGGGUCCGUCUUUCUUCACUUUACGUAGGGUGCAUACCAUUCCGUGCUUGCAGCGUGGUCGAGAGUUUCGUAAAUGUCUCCCCAUUGCCAAAAGUUGCAUGGAUCAUGUCGAUCUGCACACACAAAGAAGGGUCUUCCAUAAUUAUCUUUCAUUUUAUCUUUUACCACGCGUAAUUUGGCCAAUCUCUGAUGUGUUGGGCAAAUGGGAUGAUUGGAACCACUAUUUCGACAGACUUCCAUCGCUGUCGUAAACAGAUAACAGUCUUCGUCAUGGCAAUGGAAUUCGCAGCUCGGUGUUUCGCCACAAAACCAAAACGUACCACGAACAGUUGUUGAACUUGCUGCUGGUUUACCGUGAAAACAUUCCAUCGUGAAUGUUGAACGCAGACUAUGCAGGCGAAAGAACGCUAGCAGUACUUAUAGUGACGUUAGUCUAUUGUGAUGCUAAUUGGUCGCGUUACCUUAUUGUGUUUGGUCGCGUUACCUGUCACAUUUGGCCCAGGCUUGCCCAGCAAAGUGACGUCAUAGAUUUUGUAAGCUCAUUAUAAUUAUAAAUUCCGCCAAAUUAAACUUGCAUAUUAAUUACUUCCGACACCAAAGUGCUAGCUGGACAAAGUGACGUCAUUGACGGCAUCCCUUUGAACUCCGGAUGUGGGGUAUUACUACUGAUUACUAUUAAAGUCUCACCCUUGCCUCUUUAUGGGUUAAUAAACUCUCUAUAUAUGUAUUUUUGUUUCAAGCUCCUUUGCUUUUUAUGAAAUUAGUCUUAACCGCCAUGCUUCGAACAAUGAUUUCGCUUCUUGACACUCCCCCCCCCCCACCCAAGAAGCCUCCGGUCCCCAUGACACGUACUUAAUGACGGCUUACUUACAUUCUUGAAAGUUACACCACUUCUUCACAAAUUAACCUUCCGUUCUUAGAUUAAUGAUGAUCGUUGAAGUCGCAGUGUCUCUAUUCCUUAUUUGGACUAUUUGGUACAUCAGUAAAACUUGCAUAAAGAAGCAAGGAAUGCCCCCGGGACCCUUUCCUUUCCCAUGGAUUGGCAAUAUACCUCAUGUAAUGUUCGACCAAGUAUUUCCAUUUAAGAAAUUGUCUAAAGAAUAUGGAGAAAUCUUCACUGUAUUCCUGCCCAAUGGAACGUUUGUUGUACUAAAUACCGCAUCACUCGCAAGAAAUGCAAGACUUGGCACAAAAGACGACAUUGCCGGCAGGUCAUCCGAAUCAUCUUAUCCGUUGGAACAAAUAUUAGGGAAGGACCUUGUCAUAUCAGAUUACUCAGCCGGGUAUUUAUUUCGCAAGAGAGUGUUUAAAUCAUCAAUUCAUGUAUUUGGAUCCGGUCUUGGGCAAGCUGAAGGUCGUGCAAGACAUGCCGUUCAACUUGCACUACAAGAAAUUGAAAAAUGUCAAUCCUUCUCGCCAAACAAACUUAUCCACUCAACAAUAUUUGCACAAGUUUGGGAGUGGUUAACAUCUAAGAAGAUUACUCUCGAUGAUCCGAUUAUAAGUCUAUUUAACGAGAUGCACGAGAUAAUAACGAAUCUGCCUAGAGAAAUAUCCAUCUAUCUUUUGAUACCAUUCCUUAAAUACAUAACAAACAACUUCAACCGUAAGCUAGAGAGGGCAAAAGAUAUCAAGAAACAGUUAUUUCCACAGGAAUUCUCUGCCCACCGUGAGACCUACACUCCAGGUGUCAUACGGGAUUUGACAGACAGCUUCAUCAGUGCUUACGAGAACGAGAUUGCAAAAGGGACAAGCAAGGACAUCGGGUCGAUAGAAGAUAUACCGGACUUAAUGUUAGAUGUUGUUGUAGCAGGAGUAGAUACAGCCUCGACUACAAUUUGUUGGUUUAUUCUUUAUAAUGCCUUACAUCAAGAUAUUCAAGCAAAACUCCACAAGGAGCUUGAUGACGUGGUAGAAAAUGAUCGCCUCCCAUGCUGGCAAGAUGUUCAGAACAUGCCUUAUUUACAGGCUACUUUAUGCGAAGUACUACGGAGAUCAGAACUUCUCCCAAUCACAGGGACAACUGCUAUUCGUGAUACGACUAUCGGUGGUUAUCAUAUUCCAAAGAAUACGAACGUCCUCAUCAAUGUUGACGAAAUCCACCAUGACCCAAAAGAAUGGCCUGAACCUAAUGAAUUCAAGCCUGAACGAUUUCUUGACAGUGAUGGAAAGUUUGUGGGUUGGACAACAAAACAUGCUUUCAUGCCAUUUGGACUUGGUCGCAGAGAAUGUCUCGGUCAGGUUUUUGGAAAGAUCAUGUUGUUCACAUUUGCAUCAACGUUGCUACAUCUCUACAAGAUUGAGCUUCCUGAGGGAGCGGAGAAACCAUGUACUUCACCCAUUGGACUAAAUUUUCAUCACCCUAAAGAUUUCAAGGUUGUCGCGAAAAAACGACAUUAA